AUGCACUACUUCAAGAUUUCAUUUGCAGCAACCCUUACUGCCAUUGUUUCUUCUGCUUUGACAGCUCAGUUACCGAAUUCCGUUCUCGACAAGCGGGAGGACAUUACUCCAGGCUCGCCGCUAUACAACUGUCAUGAAGCAUGUGGAGAGGUUAUUCUCAUAUCCCAGUCUGACGACUACUGCGAUAAUUCCACCUUCACCUCUGACCUCGAAUCAUGCCUGGAAUGUGCACUCACAUAUAAUAUUUGGAAAUAUUAUGGCUCAGAAGUGAAAUCCGCUGCCAAGGAAUGUAAUGAUGAUGCUACUCCCAGUGCUUCCUCGGCCAGCUCGGCAAUAGCAGCUACGGCCACCGCCAUUGGAAAGAACUCAUCAACUACAGCAGUUGUAACUACAGGUACUUCAGCAAAUGUAAUUGCUUCUGCAACGGGCACUGCAUCAUCAUCUGGGGUAACAACUGGCGCGGCUUCUUCCAUUCAGCAGAAUACAAUUCUUCCUAUUAUUAUGGGUGGUCUGACCUGGGCUCUGCUGGCAUAA